AUGAUAUUGAUAAUUAUAAGUCCAUUAGCACGGCAAUCAGGCUUAAAUUUCAGAAAAAAUGACUCAAAAUUAAAUUUUAAUUUACAUCAAGUUAACGCUAAAGAAUUUAGUCAUGAUUUACGUUUGGAACAUAAAUGUCUAGUUAAUGAAGUCAAAGAAUAUGAAAAAAAUGCUGAAAUUUCCAACGUUGUAAACAAUUAUAACAAAACAAAGCAACUUUAUAAGAUUGGUUUAUAA